GAGCACCCUUAACGCGCUCCUUGGUAUUGUUUACUUCUGGUCGUACCGUACCAAUAACAGUUUUUCUAUUAUUUUAUAAUUAUUUUCUAAUAACACGUCAAGUUAGUUUAUAGAUCUACGAAGUGAACAUUUUCCAUUCAGAGUUUCGAUAAUACCAAUUUGCCCCUUGCUUUUCAACGCCCGGGCAUCCAUAAUGGUCCGGACGUACGUCAGAAAAACGGCUUCCAAGUAUUCGGGGGAAACGCUGGAAGUAGCGGCAGCUGCGGUGCGAGGAAAAACCAUGACACUAGCGGAAUCGGCACGGUUUUACGCCAUACCGAAACCAACUUUGUUCCGGCACGUGAAAGGCUUGAGUGGUGUUAAGAGCAGCGCAGAACGGAGAUCUGUUGCUACUCCUGCCGAAUUGGAAUCAACACUGACUUCUAGCCUCGAAGCUAACAGUAAACGAUGUAGCUUUUGUUCCGAUAUAUGCAAUGAGAACUUCCAUCACGUGCUGGUCCCCUCUCACCAAGAACAGAAGCUGGAAACUGUCCUGCAGAAACUGAGCAGUUUCUCUUCCCAGUUGAGCAGUUAUCAUACGUGCGACAAAUGCCGUCAGGUACUCAUAACUGUCCACAACAUUCCGCAGAGCUGUUUCCAAUUUUUGCUCAGCGACGAACCGACCGAAAUUAAGGUGGAACCAGAGUUAAUGAUUGAUGACCACGAGCUUUCGGAUAAUGGCAAGAUUUUUGAAACCGACCGAACAGCGGACUUUGGCCUCGUUGAACCGGAAGAUGAAAUGCAAAUCAAAACAGAAAAUGGAGAGGCAUUCUCCAUCACCGAAAUGAAGGUAGAGAACAAUAUGUCAUCAAUUGCGGUUUAUAGAACAAACACACAAGCAGGAGUAGGUGAAUCGGCUGCUUCACAGAAGGAAGUUCACUCACCUUCAGUACGUCAUAAAUGUAAGAAAGGCUUCGUGAACGAAGCAGAGAAACCUUUUAAAUGUGAAAAGUGUGAAAAAACAUUUAGCACAAAAUUCGGACUUAAAGUACACGUUCGAACUCAUACGGGUGAACUCCCAUAUCCUUGUUCGCAUUGUUCAAAAGCGUUCAGACGAUUCUCAUCGCUCCAACUUCACAUUCGAAUUCAUACAGAUGAACGUCCUUAUUCUUGUUCGCAUUGUCCAAAAACGUUCAGGCAUUUUGCGUCGUUCCAACUUCACACUCGAGUUCAUACAGGUGAACGUCCUUAUUCUUGUUCGCAUUGUCCAAAAACGUUCAGUCAAUUUUCAUCGCUCCAAGUUCACACUCGAAUUCAUACAGGUGAACGUCCGUAUACUUGUCCACAUUGUUCGAAAGCGUUCCAGCGGUCAACAACGCUCAAACGGCAUCUUGGAAUUCAUGCGCGUGGUUUGGAAACGUUACAUAGAAUAAAUGUUUGACAAAUUUAAAAAAUUUGAACCAUAACAUUGAUUUACAGAAGGAGGUGAAUACAACAAAAUAAAGACGGCUCGAAUCGGACCAUCCCUUCGUCGGGUUUUCCGCUUACCAAAACAUUUGGCCUUCCUUUUUUAUUUAUAUAGAUAGAAGAUAUAGGAAACCGUUAUUUCGCUUAAAAAUAAAUUUCCACGUUCGAACAAAGAUCAAUUUCAUUAACGCAAACAUCAAAUGGACUAACAAUGCAUAUCAUAAUGUAAUUGUAGAACAUAUGGGAAUGCAAUUUUCUGAAUUUUCCGACCUUGCUUCAGAGUUAUCCGAAAUUUUUCCGAUUUUUCUCUCCGUUAUAUUGGUCUACAGGAAGAGACGAAUACAACAAAAACAGGAAGGCUCAAAUCGGACCAUUCCUUCCUCGGGGUUUCCGCUUAUCAACACAUUUGGCCUUCCAUUUUUAUUUAUACAGAUAUAUCAACUACGCACGAAAAAUAGCCCAAAAUAAGAAUGAGACUCAGAAAUGUCUAAAAUGAGUAGCAAUUUAUCAAUCUUGUAUUGCUCUCGUUCACAGUGUAGAUUAGAGUGCCAAUGAGAAUGGUCAUCUCGAAUUUCAAAAAGUUACCACAUAAAAAAUGUUCACCACCUCGAAAAAACAUCAGCUCAAUCGGACUUAAGGGAGGAGUGGCGCAAAGCGGUCAAUGUUUGAGUUUUUUGAAAAUCGAAAAAUCACCCAAGGGGGGAGCAAAGGAAAUCGGGGUUUUCCAAAUUUUUUUUGAUGUCAAAUGUCUUAAAAUUUCGUAUGGUGCAUCUAGCUAUUUCCAACCAUGUUUACAAAUUUCCACAGCUGUAUUCACAGGUUAUGUUGAAAAAAUAUCUGGCCAUAUCGCCCCAAGCAGGUAUGCCCACUCUGCCCCGUACAUUUACGCUCAAUGAAAAGAACUGAACAUAGAAAAACGCAUAGUUUUCAUGAAUAUCAACCAUUUACACACCAGGGGAUUGUAAUGUAUAGCAUAUCAAACAAAUAUUAGGGAAUUUCCGAUUCGUUUGUUACGUAAAUCACCAAAAUCCGUUCGCGGCAAAAAUAGUUAUUAACGUUUACUUUAUUCCAUAAAAACGUGACCUGAUUUGGUUUUGGAUUUCUAAUUCGGCACCCUUAAUGAAAAACGUAGUUCUACGUCGAAAAGAGAAGAGUGCAAAUGAUUAUAGGUCGCUUCAAGCCACCAGUGUUUUGUUUUUGUGUGUGUUGCUUGUUUUCGUUGCGCGAAACUUAGAACUUGUUCAUUUCCUGUACAUGUGAAUAGUGCACCUUCGAUACUUUUAGUUGCCAUUCGUAUUCGCUCUCGUGCGCUUCAGCUCUGUUCUGAUGCAACAAGCUCCUAGCUUUGUUGACGGUUUUGACCGAGAGUCGAGAAACGAUUUUUCAUAAACGGUCAUUCUCGCGAUGUUUCAUUGUUAUCGCUGCCACUGUGUGCAUCUGUUAGACGCGUGUUUGAUGCUUGUUGAAUGGCGAUGUCAAAUAUGCGCCGUUUUGUUCGAUGACUUGUUCCCAACGAGAUGCCAACUUCAUAAUACCCCUGUUAUAGAAGCUCGCUUCCUUAUUGGCAAAAAACUCGGAUAGCCAAUUUUCACAGGCCUCUUUUGUGGCUAACUUCUGACUACCUAGCUCGUUCGUCAUGGACAAAAACAGGUGGUAGUCACUUGGUGCAAGGUCCGGACUAUACGGCGGAUGCAAAAGAACCUGCCAUCCGAGCUCCCAGAGCUUCUGGCGCGUCACCAAAGAAGUGUGUGACCUGGCGUUGUCCUGAUGGAAGACAAUGCGGUCUCUGAUGGCCAAAGAUGGCCUCGUCUUCAUGAGUGCUACCUUCAAGCGGUCCAGUAUUUGGCAGUACAGGUCCGAAUUGAGCGUUUGCCCAUAGGGAAGCAGCUCAUAAUAGAUUAUUCCUUGACAAUCCCACCAAACACACAGCAGAACCUUCCUGGCCGUUAAUGAGGGCUUGGCCACCGUCUGAGCCGCUUCAGCGGGCUUCGACCACGACCGUUUUCGCUUCACGUUGUCGUAAGUGACCCACUUUUCAUCGCCAGUCACCAUCCGCUUCAGAAACGGGUCGAUUUUGUUGCGAUUCACAUGCGUCGAUACGGUCAAAGAUGUUUUUUGCGUCAACGUGUGUGGCACCCAUACAUCGUGCUUCUUUGUGAAUCCAAGCUUCUUCAAAUGGUUAAUAACGGUUUAAUGACUUAUCCCCAGCUCUUGGCCGUUGCUACGGCUGCUACUAUGCCGGUCUUUCUCGGCUAAUUCAGCGAUUUUGUCGCAAUUAUCGACGACAGGCCUUCCGGAGCGUGGCGCAUCUUCGACGACCUCUACACCAGAACGAAAGCGUUGAAACCAUCGUUGUGCGGUUGAAAUGGAAAUUGUAUCGGGUCCAUAAACUGCACAAAUUUUAUUGGCAGCUUGAGAUGCAUUUUUGCCUUUGUCAUAGUAGUACUGUAAAAUAUGUCGGAUUUUCUCUUUAUUUUGCUCCAUAUUUGCGACACUAUAACUCACGAACGUCUUAACCAAACAAAACACUGUCAAGGACUAUAUUAUAGCGCCUUUCCAACAAGCUACAGUAUGACUCGAUACAAUGAAUACAACUAGAACUACGCGCUUACAACGACACCUCGCGGAAAUACCGCAGGACUUUUUUGACAGCCUAAAGGGUGUGUCACAUCAAAUUGCAUCACGGAAAAAACGCUGUAGAAAUUUAAUUUUUAGGAAUUAUAUCUUCAGCUUUCGCUUAUAAUCAGAUAAGAGUGUAUAGAUCACGUUGGCCAUGCUUCACUGUCAAUUUUUCGUAAAUUUGGAAAAAUGUCGUCGAACGAAAAAGAGCGUCGUGAAUGAAUCCUGUGCACUCAUUUCGAGAAUUCGGAGUUGUCACAUCGGGACAUCGGUAAGAUGCUGGGAAUCGUCCAAUCCACGGUCAGCAAUCCACGAUACUUCGAGAACCUAACCAUCGACCGGAAGGUGAAAAACGGCAAAAAUGGAUGCUCCCUCAAUGAAAAAGAUCACAAGCGCGUAGUUAAGCAGUUUAGACGUGAUCCGAGAAGUUCGGUCCGGGAUGUCGCCAAUAAGCUGAAUUUGUCAAGUUCAUUCGUCCAGCGGACCAAGCAGCGGGAGGGCCUGCGUACAUACAAGGUUCAGAAGGCUCCUAACCGCGACGAAAGGCAAAACAUGGUUGGG